CACUCUCAGUUCUCCAUGCCUGUCUCCUUCCAGCUCUGCCGAAGUCUCCACUGAGGUAAACUGGAUACGUCCCCUGGAAACUGGAAGCCCACAAUGGUGGUCCAGGGUAUCCUAUGGAUCCUGUACGGAUUGCUGCUGCAGCCGGAGCCAGGCACAGCGACCCUGCCCCUGCUCAUGGACUCUGUCAUCCAGGCACUGGCUGAGCUCGAGCAGAAGGCACCAGCCGCCGAGGCUGGCCACACUGCCUCUGCAUGGCUGCUGUCAGCCCAGGACUCUUGUGCCCACAACGCUCUCCAUCACUUCUUGCUGGAGGGACAGAAUCUCAAGACCACCAAGCUGGAUCCUCCUUCACUGAGCCCAGAGCUUCAAGGCCUGAUCAUGGAGGUGGCGAGACAUGGUGUGUGGGACGGGAAGGAAUGCGGGGUGGUGCUGGCAUCCGAUGGCUCAACCGUGGCUGUGGAGCCUCUUCUGGCAGGGCUGGAGGCAGGGCUGCAGGGGAACAGGGUGGUAAACCUGCCCUUAGACAGCACGGCCACCCCUCCGGAUGCUGGAGUCACCUUUCCAGACAUUGGAGCCACGGUUCCUGAUGAAAGAGCCACUUCCCCAGGACUCAGGGAUACCUCUUCAGAUGUCACCUGUGCAGAUGUCGGAGCUGUGUCUCCAAAUGUUAUAGCCACAGAUCUAGAUGUCGGAGCCACCUUUCCAGAUGUUAGACCUGGCUCUCCACAUGUCCAAGUCACCUCUCCAGAUGUCCAAGCCUCCUCAGCAGAUACCAAAGCCAACUUCCCAACCACUGUGGACAGCCUCCUAGUGGUCACCCUGGCCAGAGACCUGGGCCUGAACUUCCUCCAGGGCCCCCAGACCUGGAGCCAUUCACUGGGAACUGAGGGCUGCUGGGACCAGCUCUCUGUUCCCCGGACCUUCACGCUCCUGGACCCUGAAGCAUCAAUCCUCACCACGGCCUUCCUCAAUGGUGCCCUGGAUGGGGCCCUCCUUGGAGACUACCUGAGCCGGUCACCUGAGCCCCGGCCGCCCCUCAGCCGCCUGCUGAGCCAGUACUAUGGAGCCGGGGUAGCGGGAGACCCAGGAUUUCGCAGCAACUUCCGACGGCAGAACGGAGCUGCUCUGACUCCGACUCCCAUUCUGACCCAGCAGGUAUGGGGGGCCCUCAUCCUGCUACAGAGGCUGGAGCCAGCACACCCUCAACUUCAGGGCAUGAGCCAAGAACAGCUGGCACAGGUGGCCACCCACGCUACCAAGGAGUUCACGGAGGCCUUCCUAGGGUGUCCAGCCAUCCACCCACGUUGCCGCUGGGGCGCGGCCCCGUAUCGGGGUCGCCCGACGCCGCUGCAGCUGCCGCUCGGGUUCUUAUAUGUACACCACACAUACGUGCCCGCGCCACCCUGCACGGACUUUGAGCGCUGCGCCGCCGACAUGCGCUCUAUGCAGCGCUUCCACCAGCAUACUCGCGGCUGGGACGACAUAGGCUACAGUUUCGUGGUGGGCUCAGACGGCUACGUGUACGAGGGCCGCGGCUGGCACUGGGUGGGUGCGCACACACUCGGCCACAACUCCCGCGGCUUCGGCGUGGCCUUGAUAGGCAACUACACUGCGGAGCUGCCCGCAGAGACCGCGCUGCGCGCGGUGCGCGACGAGCUCCCGCGCUGCGCUGUGCGCGCCGGCGUCCUGCGGCCAGGCUACGCGCUGCUCGGCCACCGCCAGCUCGUGCGCACUGACUGCCCUGGCGACGCGCUCUUCAACCUGCUGCGCACCUGGCCGCACUUCGACAAGAAUGUGAAACCAAGAACUGCCAGGAGAUCUAGGAGAUCCAGGAGGAGGCCACCUCCAACGAUCCUGCUAGCCACAGACCUCCAAUAAAGAGACCAUGGCGGGGGCUUCCCUGGUGGUGCAGUGGUUGAGAAUCUGCCUGCCAGUGCAGGGGACACGGGUUUGAGCCCUGGUCUG